GAAAGCCCUUUUCAUUACAGGAGAAGAGGACAAAGAUACUCAGAAAAAGUAAAGGAGACUGGAGAGAAGAGGAUCUUUCCAGUUGAACCAAGUCAGCCCGCAAAGCGGACUAGCCAGCCGACUACAACUGAAGUCAGAGUCCCAAAGACAUGGGUUUGUUAGAAUGCUGUGCAAGAUGUUUGGUAGGGGCCCCCUUUGCUUCCCUGGUGGCCACUGGAUUGUGUUUCUUUGGAGUGGCACUAUUCUGUGGCUGUGGACAUGAAGCACUCACUGGCACAGAAAAGCUAAUUGAGACUUAUUUCUCCAAAAACUUCCAGGACUAUGAGUAUCUCAUCAAUGUGAUCCAUGGCUUCCAGUAUGUCAUCUAUGGAACUGCCUCUUUCUUCUUCCUUUAUGGGGCCCUUCUGCUGGCUGAGGGCUUCUACACCACCGGCGCAGUCAGGCAGAUCUUUGGCGACUACAAGACCACCAUCUGCGGCAAGGGCCUGAGUGCAACGGUAACAGGGGGCCAGAAGGGGAGGGGUUCCAGAGGCCAACAUCAAGCUCAUUCUUUGGAGCGGGUGUGUCAUUGUUUGGGAAAAUGGCUAGGACAUCCCGACAAGUUUGUGGGCAUCACUUAUGCCCUGACUGUUGUGUGGCUCCUGGUAUUUGCCUGUUCUGCUGUGCCUGUGUAUAUUUACUUCAACACUUGGACAACCUGCCAAUCUAUCGCCAACCCCAGCAAGACCUCUACCAGUAUAAGCAAUCUCUGUGCUGAUGCCAGAAUGUAUGGUGUUCUCCCAUGGAAUGCUUUCCCUGGCAAGGUGUGUGGCUCCAACCUUCUUUCCAUCUGCAAAACAGCUGAGUUCCAGAUGACCUUCCACUUGUUUAUUGCUGCCUUUGUGGGAGCUGCAGCCACACUGGUAUCCCUGCUCACCUUUAUGAUUGCUGCCACGUACAACUUUGCUGUCCUUAAACUCAUGGGCAGAGGCACCAAGUUCUGAUCUCCUGUAGAAAGUUCCAUUUUUCUAACAGCUAGGCUCUAACCACACAGCCUACAGUGCUGCAUUUCCCCUGUUAACUCUUUGCCUUUGCCACUGACUGUCCUCCUUCCUAUCUGAUGAUCGUAACAAGAAAGGAGAGUCUUGAGGUGAUUAAUGUCUUCCCAUGGAUUCUCCUCUCUUAUGUACUUCUAGUCAUUUUGCUUCACAACUGUUUCCUGAUAGAAACAGGAAAUGCUUAAAUGGUAGCUCCCUACAGAGAAAUGGAGGCUCUAAUUUUAUUUUUAUGCAUCUCUUGAAGGCCAGGAAAUGCUUUUUUCUCCUCAAAGGGCACUUUCAUUAAUGGAAACAAGAGAAAAGAAAGAUGCUCAGGAUGAAGGUUUGUGCCUGGUCCCCUUGUCUUCCACAUGAGCCAAAAUAUUCCUCUUGGUAUGCAAAACAGAGAACAACUCCUCUUCUUGUUUCUACUUUAGAAGAAGAAAGGAAUGUCAGCAAAACAUUCCUAAGAUCACGUUUCUAAACCUACACCUAUUGCAGCUGGGAGAAGGGGGUCAAAGCAAGGAUCUUUCACCAACAUAGAGAGAGAGCAGUGACCCCAAGGGUAAUGGACAAUUUAAAUUUUAAUUCAGCAAACCUUACUUAUAGCAUAAGAGAGUGUAGUGUUUGUGUAGACACAGGCAAAGCUUGGCCUUACACCUUUUUAAAGAAGAGAAACAGGGUGUUGUCAGUAUUUUCUUACUCUCUUCUUGAUAACAGCUACCAUGACAACCUUGGAGCUGAGCAAAGAGAGAAACUCUAGCUUAUCGAAAAAAGACUGGCCUAAGAAGCAGCAGUUAAUGGCUUAUAGUAUAAAGUGAGCCAGCCCUCUGGUAAACACAGGAUAGGUAACUCUUUGGAUAGUAGUCUUUUUUUUCUGUUAAUUAUCUGUAUACAUUGGACUUUGUCAUAUCUUCACAAUGGUGCUCUUUUCAUGGGGUAUUAUCCAUUUGGUCACAGUAGGUGAUUUGAAGAUCUUGAUUUGUUUCAGAUUGAUGCAAUUCUCACAUUUUCCAGUUAGAUUUUUUAUUGAAUUAGGGUUGUGCCAGAAAGGCCUGGAGAAUUUUUGCUGAUAAUAUUUCUUUUAAGAAAUGAAAACUGGACAUUGAACAUAACAAAAAACAUUUAAAAUUAACUAGCCCCAUUGAUUUAUUUGGAUUAUCUUUAAAUGUUUAUGUUCUGUUUCUUUAAAGAAGCAGAUUUGGUCAAAUUGAAGCUUAAUUUGAAAACCAAACUUGCUGGGUAUUUUUUUAGCCGGUGGAUGAUUUGAUUAAGCAACCUUUUGUGUGUUAAUGAUCUAAAUUUAACAUAUAGCUUUUCUCCCCUGGUAUAGAUUACAUAACCACCUUCAUAACUGCCAUAUAAGUUGGUAAGCAUCAAUGAAAAAAGAAAGAUAGGAAGAGUUUUAUCUUACCCAAAAGGUCAAGUGAUAAGGUGGGAAGAUUUUGAAGCCUGAAUAGAAAAUAAAUAUGUUUUAGGUAACUUUUUGUGCUGCUUAACUUGAGGUUGAAAAGUGAAAAAUUAGUUAACUUUCUUUGAAAGAAAGAUAUUAUGAAUAUGAUUUUAAUUGGUUCUUUUGUUAUAAAAAGUGGUUUCAUGCCCCCACCCAAUUAGUUUCAGCAAUGUUUAAGGACAUGCAAAAUUUUUACAAAAAUGCACUUGAUAGUUGUUUUCACACCAGUAUACAAAAUAAGUUUCCAGGAUGCUUAGAUGGAAAAGCUCUGUAAGAAACCAAUCAAGAACAAGAAAAGCAAAGUACUCCACACCUUGUGUUUUAUUUUGAUUUAGUCAUAUAACAAAUAACCAACCCUUCCCUGAAAAUUUCCCAAACAUAUAUACACACACGAAGAGAGUUAAUCAACUGAAAUUGUUUCCUUCAUAUCUGAUAUAUAAUUUUAAUUUUAACACAGAUAAAAUAUAAACUUUUAGAAACUUAUCUUACAAAAUGUAUUUUAUAAAAUUAAAGAAAAUAAAAUUAGGAAUGUUCUCAAUGAAA